AUGAAGACGGCCAGCCGGGCUCAGUCCCGCAGCAGUCCUCCACUGGUCCAGAUGAGGCGCUACACGCCCGGGGUGUAUCCCUUCCUGUUCCCAUCGGUCAUCAGCUCAUUACCGCUGCCGCCGCCACCCUCGUCACCGCAGAGACUGCAGGUCCACCAGCCGUCCAGCAGCGGCAGCACACCGUCACCUGUGGCCAUUGAAACGCAGAGCACCAGUUCCGAGGAACUCGUCCCCAGCCCGCCGUCCCCGCUGCCCCCUCCGAGAGUCUACAAGCCCUGCUUCGUCUGCCAGGACAAGUCCUCUGGAUACCACUAUGGUGUCAGUGCCUGUGAGGGCUGCAAGGGUUUUUUCCGCCGCAGCAUCCAGAAGAACAUGGUGUACACGUGUCACCGGGACAAGAACUGCAUUAUCAACAAGGUGACGAGGAACCGUUGUCAGUACUGCCGCCUGCAGAAGUGCUUCACAGUGGGGAUGUCCAAAGAAUCUGUUCGAAAUGACCGGAAUAAGAAGAAAAAGGAGAGCCCAAAGCCGGAGCUGGCAGAGAGCUAUGAGCUGACAGCCGAGCUGGAGGCCAUCAUUGAAAAGAUCCGUAAGGCCCAUCAGGAGACCUUCCCCUCCCUCUGCCAGCUUGGCAAAUACACCACGAACUCGAGUGCAGAUCACCGUGUGAGGCUGGACCUGGGCCUGUGGGACAAGUUCAGCGAGCUGGCCACUAAGUGCAUUAUCAAGAUCGUGGAAUUUGCCAAACGAGUGCCUGGCUUCACGGGGCUGACCAUCGCUGACCAGAUCACGCUCCUGAAAGCUGCUUGCCUGGAUAUCCUGAUCCUGCGCAUCUGUACGAGGUACACCCCCGACCAGGACACCAUGACCUUCUCGGACGGCCUGACCCUCAACCGGACGCAGAUGCACAACGCCGGCUUCGGCCCGCUCACAGACUUGGUGUUCACCUUCGCCAACCAGCUGCUGCCCAUCGAGAUGGACGACACCGAGACAGGCCUCCUCAGCGCCAUCUGUCUCAUCUCUGGAGACCGUCAGGACCUGGAGGAGCCCUCCAAGGUGGACCAGCUCCAGGAGCCGCUGCUGGAGGCGCUGAAGAUCUAUGUGAGGAAACGUCGGCCAAGCAAACCCCACAUGUUCCCCAAAACCCUCAUGAAAAUCACCGACCUACGCAGCAUCAGCGCUAAAGGAGCUGAGCGAGUCAUCUCUCUGAAGAUGGAGAUCCCAGGCUCCAUGCCGCCGCUCAUCCAGGAGAUGCUGGAGAACUCGGAGGGCCAGGACGGCCAGAGCAGCAGCAGCACCACCUCUACCGAGGGGGGGGCCAGCCCCAGCAGCAAGGGCAGCCCCAAGGAGGACGCCGCCCCUCCGGAGUCCCCCGAGUCAUCGGAUACUGAGGGCACCACGGCCACGCCUCCCAGCGGCGAGGCCUAGGAGCCCCAGGGGGUGGGGGGAGGGCACGUACUGGUGCUCCAGGGAACUCCAAGACUCUCUCUGACAUUCCUUUGCACAAAAAAUAACAGGUUGACAGUCGGGCAUGGAGUGGACUGCCCCCUCCCGCCACCCCUUCGCUUGUUAUUACGUUCUCCUCAUGUCCUUACCCUAGUUUUGUCUCCCGUUCUCCCCAAAUCCCGAUCGAUUUCCCCCUUAAAAAGAAAAUGACAACACGGAGGCCUCAAAGGACCAGUGCUUUGUGUAUAAUUCUGAAUCAAGCUCUUAUUUGGUGUGGUGUCUCUGGGACAGGGACUGUGAAUGCGAAGGGCGCGGCCCUCACAAGCACCUGAACACAGAGAUGAUACUCCUCAGGUCUCCUGUGUAAAUUCUUACCUGCAUGACGGGAGUUUGAUAAGUGGUUUUACUCCUCUCUCUCUCUCUCUCUCUCUCUCUCUCUCUCUCUCUCUCUCUCUCUCUCUCUCUCUGUCUUUACAUCUCUCUCUCUACAUCUUGUAUUGUUGGCAUACAUUGUACAUACCAUUGUAUGGUUAGAUCUCUGUUUCUAUGAUGAAUUUUGUGGUGCUUUUUUCAUUGUCUUAAAUAUUAUCUUUGAGGCGAUACAUCAAGGUUUAAAGGGGGCUAAUUGUAAGUCCUUAAAAAACAGUUAUCUAGAAUGUUACUGCAUAUAGACAUUAUGGAAGUCUAAUAUUUUAUAUUUGUUCCUAUAUUUAAAGCUGUUUUUUGUCUUUUAUAACUCUUAUGUUCAUGUCUCUACAUGAAUGAGUGUACAUCCACACCGCCAGAAUGCAAAGCUUCCCUCCACAUCGACGGCCGAGUCUCUCCGGCUGUUUCCUCAAAGGAGGGAAGCACAACAGCAAAAGCCUUCGAUACACACUCAUCAGAUUGAAUGCAAAACUUUUUAGCUGCAAAGUGAAGUGCAAGGAGCCGAGCUGAGACCAUGUACACAAGAUUUCAUUUAGAAAAAUCAACUCACUGUGAUGGAUGACUCCUCAGUAUAUCAACUUACUGUGCUUUCAGAAGAGAUCAGUGAAAUUGGAUUGUUCUUGUUAGACGCCAGAAAGUAGGCCAUGAUCACAUAGGACACUUUUUCAGCCCUUUGCAGUCGUUUUCAAUGGUUUGGUGGCGACUCUGCCAAACUUUGAGCUCGGUGUGUUGGACGCGGUGUGUUUUUGGAACAUGUCUCCACAGAAUUUUCCAUCAGUGUCAUUUUCUGGUCAAACAGAACGGUUCCACAAACUGAGCAAGCCAGUGUUGUGCCAAAACUUGUUUCCCCUCAGAAGGUGUGUGUUUCCUCUCGUUGUGUGUCUCCACCUCAGUUCCACCCCAUGGAACGUCACACGAUCCCAAACAAUCAAAUUAGUCCAUUGAAAAUAGUUUACCAAGUGUCCUCAUUGUGAGCUCUUGCUCGGAGACGUCUCCGCAGUGAGUUCUCAAACCUCAAGUGUUUAUUGAUGGGAUUUUACAAGGAAGCUCUCCGGCCAUACGUCGGCCUCCUUGUCAUUUCUGAAGCACAUUUCCCCUAGCAUCAUUUCCUCGUGCAGAACAACAGGCCAAGGACAACAUGAGGAGACACUGCCAAGGAAACACAUUUUUUUAGGGAAUAAAAAUUUUGGCACAACACCAGUCAAACAGCUCUAUUGUCGGACAGAAAUAGCCCAUGAAGAGGACACUGGCCGGCUCUUCAGCAACAUGAUCAAAUGGUGCUCUGUCCUCCACAGGACAUCAUGUGUCCACAUCCUCCUCCGAAUAGGAUCUUCAGUCUCUUCCUCAAGAGCAAGCAGCGCAGUAGCAUACUUCACUUUGUCCAUUUGCAUUUUCAGUGUCAAUCUGCUUUGUUUCUUCAGGUUAGCUAGCUAGGGAACGGCAUAACGCUUCAGUUUCUUCGACUCUUGGUCAGUGUAUUUGAGCAGGAGAGAAAAGCCUCCUAUGUGAUCAUAGCUUUAAGCUAGGGACACACUCGGGGACCUUCCCUUGGAUUUCCAGUCUUUGUCCUCAUUUGCAGAGUCUUAAGAGUUUCUUGAGAAGGGACUGAAGGAACUGACAGGACAAACUGUCCUGUGGUGUGACACCCAAGGGACUCAGUCUUAUCGCUCCUAGGACUCACUAGGAUUCUUUAGACAAAAUCAAACACGUCUAACUUUGUCUUGUUUGAUUUUUUCUUAAGUCUUAGGGGUGGUGUGGGGGAUUUAGAAAAAGAGGAAGCAUUGGAGUUCUGCAGAUUGCCAUCCCCUAGAACCCUAGUUGUCUAGGACAGAACGCACUGUGAGAUUCAGCAAACUGCAGUUGGUUUGUGUGGCAUGCUCUGCAAUUCUGAGUUGGAGAGAGUCGUCUAGUGUGCUCCCAGCUCUCCAUGGCUUAGACCUUUCACUUGUUGCCCGAUUGCCUGUGCAUCAUCAAUCUAAUGAAGGUGUAUCUAUUGCUAAACAGCAUGUACUAGCAACUGGGUUCCACAAAAAAAACAAAAAAACAAAAAAACAAAAAAAAAAAGAAACAAAAACAAAACGCACAUGGGCUCUGUUAUGGCCUUAUGAGCAGAGCAACCCCCCCCGUCCCCCCCCUUCUCCUCCCCAGUUCCCUUAACAUGAAGUGUCUUGUUUGAAACAGUGAAACAAACGGGGGGGCAUCGCAGUCCUUAAAAAAAAAGCCAACAUUGGUGACCGAACCGCCUCGUCAGGAAGAUUGUACACUAAUAUGUAGAAAGCACACGGUGGGACCCCAAAAAAAAAAAAAAAAGAAAAAAAAAAAAAAAAAUCCACCCAGAAAACUUUGUUCGCCUUGCUCUUCAGACUGACAUGUGUAAGCUACAGUGAUGCAAAAGGAGAUUCCAAGAUGACCUUUUUUCACCCCUGAGAAGUGCAGUGAAAGUCAAGCUUCUCUUUGGACGGUAGAUCCAACGGAGCUCUUAAUCUCAGUGGUGGGGGAAGUAGAUGGUGUGUCUUACAUUGGAUGCAGCAGCCCUGCUGAUAUUACGAAGAAAAAAAAAAAAAAAAAAAAAAAAAGAUAAUCUUAGAAAGCUGCUUUUCUCCACAGCCGAUACUGAACAAUAAUAAACUCUGGA